UAUGAAGUGUACUGGAAUGAGUUUAAAACUGGAUUUAGAACAAGGACUUAAAGGCUUGCAUGAUAACAAGUUUGACUCUACAUAUUGGUCAACAUAUUUUCGUGAUAAAAAUAAAAGUCCCAACUACAUUCUUAAUUAACAGAUUCAGACAAUAGCAUUCCAACACCAACGCUUUCGACUAAUUCAAUUUAGACAUCAUGCCGCGUCUUUACGUAAACGGCUUUUUGUUGAUUAGCUGUCAACAAGUAUUAAUAAAUUCAAAAUUUUAAAAUACGCCAGGAUUAGCUAUCAUAUUGCAAAAUAGGUGUCAGUAAAUAUGUAUUAGUUAAUAUAUGUGCAGGACAAAAAUUAGUAAAUUUACCUGUUUUUAAAAUCUUUAAAAAGUCAACAGACUGACAGUAGUUACAUGGGAUAUAUUGGUUGGAAACGAGGUUUUAAUUAAAAAAGCUCAUAAUACUUUCAUAGUAUAUAAUACUAUUAUAUUGACUCUCUAAGAGAGAUCAAAAGAAAUUCCUUGUGAGCAUCGAACCAUUAGAGGUAUAUUGCAUCUACGAAUAGCAACUCCAAGCAGAAGAAAGAGGCUCCUGACAGAUAAGCAAAGAGAAAAACAAAAUGGCCACCAAGGCAAAUUGGGAUAUUAUGAUAUCCUACCAUCAUGCGUCUGGCAAGGAGUACAUGAAAAGGAUUAAAGAGUCAUUAUUAAAACAGGAUUACUCUGUUUGGACUGAUGAAGAUCGAGUGUAUGGAGAUUUAGGUGCACGGAUGGCAGAAGGCGUUGCAGGAUCAAAGUUGAUCAUUCUUUUAUUUUCAAAGGGAUAUGAAGAAUCUAAAAACUGUCAGAAAGAAUACAACUUGGCCUGUGCACAACACAAGAAAAUUAUCUGUGCAAUAGUUGAGAAAGGUUAUAAACCUCCAGCAGACCAUGUGCUCAGUUUGAUCCUGGGCAAUAACAUGUACUACCAAUUAUACAGAGGUGAUGAAACAACUUUUCAAAAUCUAUUAAAAGACAUCUCACAACAACUAUUAGGAGAAGCCCCAGCAAAGACGGAGCCCAUUUUGAAUUUUUGGAUGUAUAAAGACAAAGAAGAAAAUAUCAUUGUUAAGUUUCAUAAUAAAAACUUAAAAACCGUUCAGAGAAUUACUAUACAACAGGACGGUAGUGAUACCAAGGUAAAACUGAAAGAAUCAUCAGACUUUUAUGAAGAAGUGAGAGACAAUAAGCUUGUAUUAACAAUAUAUAAGGCAGCAGCUACCCGGUACAUCCUAAAACUUGUCAUAUCGUUGCUGGACAUUGAUGGAAAUAAAGAGAUUUUUGAAGUAGACAAUGUCAACAUCGCCUGCGCUCACAAGUACUACAACAAAGAAAGUAACUUUUCUCUCCAUACACAUAAUAGUGACAAAGUUGCAGCACAUAUUAAGUCAAUUAUCAGCACCCCUGUUCUUGAAUCUAACAUUCAGCUGUUCUGUUGUGGAGAAGUAUAUGAAAAAAGUAGAAACGAAUACUUAAGAUUUUCAAGAAAUUAUGUUAAUGAAAACUGCACAUCCAACAAUGCCUUUCUAAAAGAAGCUGUCCAAUUUCCACCACCAAUGGUAAAUGAAGAGAUUUCCAGCUUUACAUUUCGACUAAAGUCAAUUCUCAGUGAAAUUGGGCACGUGUUUGUGAUUUUCACACAUUACAAUACCACGGAGAAUCUGAGACUUCUAAAUUUAAAUACUUAUUGUGAUCGUGUUCCAGAUUAUAAACACAGGCUUCUGCUGCUCCAUCCAUCUCAAAAUACCUUCGUCAACAUAAGAUACACUAAAACUACUAGUGGAUCAAUCAUUGAGGAAGAAUUUCAAAAUGGUGAGGUAGAUAUCAAACAUUUGUUUGCAAUCAAUCAACAAUUUAUCUCUGAUAGUACAUCCAGAUUUAUAAAUGUUGUUGCUGCACCCAAUUUCCGAAAGUUAGAGAACAUCGACGUUUGUGCAAACUGUCAAUUGUUAGAUGAGCCUAUUUUCUCGGACGACACAAAGGCUCAAAAUUUCCUUCUAUCUCUGGGAUUAACAAGAAGAUAUCCUGAUAAGAAAAUUAAAGAGCAGUACAUGAACAUAUUGGGACAGGCAAUGUGUUUUAUGGCUACUAGAGAGAUUAUGAACACUGUUCCAACAAUCAAAGAUGGCAUUCAUGAGAAAAUAAGCACCCUCCUAUUGUCAUCUGAACAGUCAAAUAUUUUGUUUGACGAAUCUAAAAAGAAAAUUAUUGUUGGACCACUAGGAAGUGGCAAAUCGGUUCUUGCCUUAUCUCAUCUAAAACAUCUUUACCAAUGUUGUGAAAGAACAUGCACAAUAUACUAUGUCAUGUGGAGUGACAAAACAAUACUGCUGAAAGGUAUUGAAAAAUUCGUCUCAAAAUUUCAAUGCAACAAAAAUAUCACUUUGAAAAUAAAGAAUGCAAUUGAAUUAGCAAAAGAGCUCAAUCUCUCUAAACUUCCGACCGUAUCCCAAUUAUUACUGUUGUUGUUAAAGAAACACGGUGGUUUGUCAUUUCAUUUUAUAAGUGACGAAGUUGAUGGAGCGAUGUUUGACAAUCAAGAAGCUUUAUCGCUGAAGCAGAUUUUGGAAAGGGAAGAAGCUUUGCAGAAUUCCAUGAUUGUGUUGUUUCUACAAUCUUUGGAAAAGCACAGGAGAUUGGUUACAUCUAGAGAAUCAAAAAGGCAUGAUAAAUACAAAUACGAAGAAGCUGGUAUGCGUGUGUUUCACCUCAAUAAAGCAAUGCGAACAACGAAGAAAAAUUUUAACUUCUUGGUACAAUUUGAGAAGAAAAUUUCCGGGAUUGAAUCAGUUAUCAAACAUCCUGUUCACGACAAAAAUCAUGAAACAUCAUCAGCAAAAUCUGGAACGACCAGCUCUACCAUUCAAGAAAUUUCAAAGCAGCGUAAAGUUUCAGAAGGAAGAAAUUCACAAGUAAAAUCAGCCGAAAAAAGUAAAAAGAUUUUUGAAGAACCAGUGGACAUAGAGGAAAUUGCAGCUGUCUCAAAUUACCCAGGUGUUUCUGAAGAUGUGAAAACCUUGACCAAAGUGAAAUGCAACUCCGCCCAAGAAGUUGGACAUAACUUUGAAGGAACAAAGCCAAUACUGAUACAUCUUAAUUAUGAAAAUGAAACAGAAGAACAAAGUAUUGUCAUGUUAUCUCUCUCGUUGGAAUACUACCUAGAUCGUGUAAAUAUUAAACGUUUAUUUUUUCAUAACUCUGUGGAACAAAUGAUCACCUUUCGAAGGGUUCUGGAUUUAAUUAGAAAAAAAUAUUUUGUUUAUAACAAACAAACUGAAUGGAACAUCAUUGACAGCAGCAACGAAGUCACCAAUCUUCCGGAAAACGAAGGUUAUGAUUUAAUUACUAAUCUAGAAGGAAGUAGAGGAACAGAAUUUUGUGAAACCGUAUGUUGUAUUGACAUAAAUGACACUAUGUUGCGACACAAGACGUUAGAAGGAAUGUCCAGAGUAACUGAACGCCUAAUAAUCGUUUGCACGUGUAACAUACAGUCUGCUACUACAAAUUCAUCAACUGGACAUAUCAUCAAAGAUCUGUUACCGGAGUACCUAAAUGAGGUUUCUGUUGAAUGCGCAAAAAAUUCAAAUAAAGACUUACAUUACAUUGAAAUGCAAGUCAGUGACAAAAAAUCGAUAGGUUUUGUGAAUACAAACUCGUGCAGAUACAAAAAUCUGAUGGAACGGAUAAAGAAAAUUAAAUAUGAAAAGGAUGAAUCAGAUGUGCAUGAUUUCGCGCGAGUUAUACGUAGAAAUUUCCAGCCUCCAACAAUCAACGUGAGCUGCAAUUUUUCAAACGACAAUUCCUGUACAAUUAAUUGGAAUGAGGAAGGAUAUCGUUACGUAAUUGAAAUGGAAAACGACAGAUCACAAUGGCAGAACAUAGAACAUGUCAUCACGUUUGGUGGAUGUGUUAUCAACAAUUUAGUUAUUGGAAAUAAAUACAAGUUUCGUGUUUUGGCCAGUAACGACUCUGGUCAAGCUCAAAGUGUUGUAUCGUAUCGACAUGUGAAUAAUCUUCCAUCAACUCUUGCAGAUAUGUCUAUCACUUUUAAAGAUAUCGUGGAAAUUAUUAAAACUAACGAUAUCGAGAAACUGAAAAAAUUACUAUCCAUUCAUCCAAACAUCGUUCACAUGAGAGGUGAACAUAACCACACACCAUUGUUGUGGACAGUAUUGCACACCAACAAUACAUCAAUGGUGGAAAUACUCAUCUCAUAUGAAAGUGAUGUUUGGGUGGAAAAUAGUGUGAAACGAAACAGUUAUCAUUUGGCUGCAAUUGUUGAUCGUCACACAAUAUUGGAUAUGUUAUGUCGACAUGAUGUAACAAACAUCAACCGUGUAGAUGUUAACAACUGCACACCAUUACAUCGUGCUGCAAUGGAUGGUCACAUCUCAUGUGUUGAUGUUUUGUUGCGUCAUGAAAAUAUUGAUGUGACGAUCGAAGAUGUAUAUGGAGACACAGCUUAUGAUCGUGCUGGAGCAUGGAAGAAUGAACAAAACCGGGAAAUAAUAAGACGAAAAAUAAAAGAAUACGAACAAAGAAGGAGGAGAUAAAUGUCCCAGGAAAAAAUAACAAUCCGGGCACCAGAUGACGAACAAGUUUGCAGUUAAAUUUUUUAUUCUAUUUAUAUUAGUCAUUUAUAUAUAUUAAUAUGUUAUACAUAUAUAUAUUUAUUUUAAAUAUAUCUUUUUGUAUAUAUGUCUAUAAUAAAUUAUUGCAAAUAUAAAUCCAUGUUGCUUUUAGUUUUAUAUUAUUUAUUAUUUAAAAUAUAUAUUUAUACUUUAUUUAUAUUAGAACAAAUUUAUAGGAACAAUGAAGCUGGAAGUGGCUGAAAAAUAAGAACAAAGGGAAAGGCUGAAGUUUUAAUUUUGUGUUCUUAGCGCAAAAAAUGGCAAAUUACAGAAUAAAAUGAUUUUAAGCAGUUUAUCAGAUUGUGUCUGACAGAUUUAUCUGAUUUGACAAAAAUCUUUUUUGUCGUCACAAUCUGAAAAGUUACAAAGUUUUAACUUUUUAGAUUUUGUCUGAAGAGAAUUAACCAAUGAAGCAACAGACUGUUUUAUGAAAUAUUAUUGAUUUGAAAAUUCGUAUGAUUUCGAAAGAAAGAAACUUCACAAACAGAAAUUUUAUUGAAAUUUUAAAAGGGGAAAAAGGUCUAUGGAACAUAAAAACUCCGCCGUACAAAAACAAGGGGUGAGAAGGCGAAGGUAAUCGUCCGAAUUUGUGGCAAAUUAGAAAUGAAACAAAAUCUUCUCUUUCCCUGUUUUCGUUGUUUUUGCCUUUCCAGUAAAACAGGUAUUUCGAUUGCGGCAGCCUUUUCGAAGUAAGAAGCCAUGUUAAAAAGAGAAAAAAAUAUUUGCGACAUCUGACACAAUGUAAACUUUAGAAUGUGAUAUAAUUAUUGAGAAAACUCUUUAGACAAAAUCUGGUAAUGUAAAAGACGCCGCUGUCGGAUGAACAUGUAAUUAAAAAUCAGCGUGAAGACAAAUUUCAUUGUUCUUAUAAUCCAUCUUUUAGCAAAAACAUUAGGAUUAAAUUUAAUUUUUACCAAUCGUACAAUCCCUUUCUUUCACACUGUCUAUAGUAAAGUUGUCAGAAUUUUUAUUAGCAGAAUUUCAGCUAUUCUCUGACUAUCCCUGUGAAUCCACUAAUUUUUUUAUAGUAUUGUGUUAUAUCAAAUAUAUUUAUAUACCUAUUUAUGUAUGAGUUCGGGUGAGUUUUAUGAAACAUAUUUGAUUUGAUUUACUGUGGAACAGUUUUUGUUCGAUUUAUUUUCGUAUCAUGGAAAGAUUCAUGUUCUAAGUCACGUGGUUUUGCUGCAUACAAAUUGACUCGUUCCCAACUAUAAAGGUUUGACUGCUAUAUUUUAUGUGACGUAAGGAAACUCUCCCAUAGCUAUAGCCUCGUUUCGAUAUUAUUUAUCAUUACAAAGACAACUUCAUACAGAGAAAAUUUGACAUAAGAGCAUUGCGGGUAAAAGCCUCCUUUCUAAGUUAUUUACCUUUAAAAAUGAAUUGCUAGUCUCGUUUCCAUGCUUUUUUGUUAAUUAUAACCAGAAGAUGUGCUGUGGAGACCUUGCACAGACUUUUUUCAAGUAUUUGUAUACAUGUAAAAUUAUCACUAAUAUUUAUUUACUUAUUUAUUUAUUUAUAACGAAUAUUUAUACAAGAUUUUUCCAUUCAAAAUUAGUAAAAUAUACAAAAUAUAUAUAAUUACAAAAUUUCUGUUCUUCCAUGGGUCCUGUUUCCCAGCCCCCCAAAAAUAGCAAUAAAAUUUAAAAUAAUAACUAAAAAUGUGUUAGUAAAAAUUAAUAUUUACAAAUUAAAAAUCUCUUCAUAUAAUUUU